AUGGGGAAGAGGCUUGCUAGAGCUCUUGAUGGGCCCGCCGUGCCGCGUAAGCGACUCAAGGUCGUUCAUGAGGCACCAACGUCGGAGGAGGUAAAGACAAGCAAGCAAUUGCAGCAUCUCCUGUCAUUCACGCCAGACACUGCGCGCGCAAGGCAUGGUCUGCAAUCCUUUAAGCUUUUCCUCGAUGAGCUCCUUCAUCCUGAGCAUGACCCUGAACGCCUCAGUCUUUUAGAGGCUUAUCUGGAAGCCGUGAAACCAAACGCAGACGAUGAGAACCCAGUCUUCUUGCCAGACAUCAUGCAGCUAUGGAGUCAUGCUGCCCAGACCAACAACGAAAACAUCAUGUCGGCUGUCCCGGUUGUCCUUGAUUUACUUCUCAGGCUGCUCUCGAAGACUCUCGACACAGUGCCCUACGGACUAGGUAUCUGCAGGACCCUGCUUCAGAAGCGCCAGCAAGAGCUGAUCGCUCGUAAUCUCUCUGCGGAUAAGAGCAAGUCCUUUAUCAUCUCCCCCACUCUCCGGGUAUUGAGGGAAGCUAUUGCUUUCGAUGGCGGUACUAUUGCAAGGCCGUUGUUCCGAGCCAGGGCAAAUAUGCUCAAGUCCCUGGCCCGAAACAUGGGCAUUGUUCACAUAGGUGACGAACCGGAGGAUGCCAAGCGGCCCUCUACUCGAACCAAUGCCGUCCUCUUCUUCCUUAGCGCCCUGCGCUUCCUCCAUGCCGAAGCGAAGAAGGAACUGCUGUCUCAACGGGAUAUUGUCUCUGCCCUCACGCGCGACAUCAAGCAAGAUCCCCCAUACCUGGUCAAAGACAUCCUUGACGGCCUCAAAGUUCAUGUUCUUCUUGAUGACAAGCUCCCGCGCGAGGCCAAGUCGGCACUCUUGAACGCCUCAACGCUCACCCGACUAUCGACUCUUUAUCAGUACCGCCUAGACUCCCCCGGAGAAGACGAGAUAUCAAUCGCAGAUAUUGCGCAUGAGUUUCUGAUGCUUGCAUGCACGAAUCCCUCCUGUGGAGUGUUAAGACAGGAUUCAGGCUACUAUCCUCGUGAGGUUGAUCUUAACGUCACGAUUCCAGAUGCUGAUAUCGAUGACCUCGGAUUAGAAGCGAUUGUGUGGAUGAAUAAGUUCAAAGCCGAGGUUCCUGUCAGAAAUUACACCUUGUCAAAUUUCUUGCCGAAUCUACGGCCGUGGUCGAGUGUCAAGCAAAGCGAGCUCAUCACUGCUAUCUUCAAGGUAGCUCCUGAGCUGGUAGCCAAUUACUUCCUCAACAAUAAAUCAUUCUCCUUCGAGCCAAAACUCUCAGCAACAUGGAUCGGCUACGCGGCAUUUCUCUUCAACAUAGUCACACUUCCCAUUCCGGCGCAUUUUUGCCGGGGGUCGGACUUUGCCACUCUUCCCCCGCCUACCUCAAUUGUCAUCGAUAACAUUCUCCCUCCGCCCCUAAACCAAAAAGCUCUCACACGGUGUCUCAACCACAAGUCAAACCUGAUCUCAUUCUUCGGCGUUCGAAUCCUCGUUGUCGCAAUCGAGAAGCUUGACCAGGCCAUUAAGCUGUAUCAUGAAUCGUCGCACACCAACAAAACAGCUUGGACUGAGGCUGCUAAAAGACUGGUUGACGAGUUUUGCCAGCGGAGCCCCAGCAUCAAAGACAUGAUCAAUGCAUACCGCUCAAUACCUGAGGCCAAUCUUAUGCAUCGUGAGGCAGCAAGCAGGCUCUUGCGCCUGUGCUAUGAAGUGUUACCUCAAAUGGCUUUGAUGGCCAAGUUCGAUGUUUCCCCGCUAUUGGAGACAUGCCUUCGCCGUUUGUCCUCUCAAGAGUUGGAUGACCCCCGAGACUUUGCAUUAAGCCUGAAGGAGCUAGAAAACCUGCUCGCUAUUGCUGGGUAUUCACCAGGCAUGCGCUGGCUUGUCGCCUCGGAAGGUCUCUCUCUUUCACCUUUCACAAUGCUUUUGAAAGUCUGCCUGGAAGCUCCGCAUGGUGUAGCCCUAGAGGCAAUUCGUCAGGUCCUCGAUUUCGUGGCCAAGGAACAGCAAGUGGUUCCAGCGAGCGACCACCAUCCUGGACUGCUGGUCUUGUUGGAGGCGCUACAAGCUUUGGGCGCAGAGAAACCAGAGUCGGUGGUUCAGGUGUGGCCUUUCUUAGACAAUUGUCUUACACGGUGCGCAAAUGCACCUGUCAAAUAUGUUGAAAAGUUGCAGCAGAUCGUAUUGGAGGGAGCUAAAACUCUUGACACAGGUCUUUCUGAGGCGGUUGUCAGCCCGCUCGCAAUUGUCAUGCUGGAGCAAUUACCAUUUGUUGCAGCCAAAAAAGACGAGCAAGACAAGCUUCGGGCUCUUGGGGAGUUUUUGCCCAAGUUCUUGGGUUAUUCUGUCACGUCCGGGGAAAGCAAACCGGUGCUUGAUCUGAUAUUCUGCAAGAUGGCUGAAUACCUACCUGAUAUCAAGGACAGAGUAGAAAAGCCUGGCGUUCUGGGCGGCCUGGUAUUUACAUACAGCGAUUGGUCACGACAUACAAAGACCUCUGUCUGUACACAAAAGUCAGAAAAGAAGCCGAUAGCUAGCUCAGAGGAAGGCCAAGGGAAGGAGACCAUUGACCUAGAAACUUUGGAGGCCAUGCUUGAUGUCACAGACGCUCUCAAAGCAGACAACUCGGCACUGACCAAAUGGAUAUCCAAGACGGUUGAUGAGCUCGUUGAUGAAGGCUAUCUGACAGCACUUAUCUCCCUGCUUGUUUCGGAACAUGCUAGCAUACGAAAGGAAGCCCUUGUCAAUAUCUUGAAGGCUGCCGCUAAGAUUAAACAAUCCGAGUACGAAGAGAAGGAACAAGUCUGGUUGCUUCUCUCGGAGCUCGCUGAGACAGCAAGGGACAAAAUCAACGACGGGCCGCUGCCCAGCACGACGGUUUCUUUUGCAUGCCAUGCACUCAAUGUGCUGCGCGAUCCACUUUCACAUCUAUACCCCAAGGUCAACACAUUCUUGAUCCGCGGGCCAUCUUGGAACCUCGACAAGCCGCCGUUGGUGACGGAGAUUUUGUCAGAAGACCCUGCAAUUGGAGAUUCGUGGUAUGCCCAAUCGGGCUGGCUUUUAGAGUAUUUACUGGAUGGGCUGCGAACACCGAGCGACUUUGAAUUGUUUCACAAGAAGCGGCUCAAGGGGCCGCUUUUCGAGAGGAUCUUGACCCUGGCAGCCAAUCCGUAUCUGCGGGCACCGCUGCGCAUGCAGCUCUGCAGGCUGAUAUAUCGCACGACCAAGAUCGAGGGGGGCAGCACUACACUCAUUACUCGACUUGGCAUCAUGAGCUGGCUCGAGGCUAGGGAGGCUGAUUGCCUAGACCCCAGCGAAGCGGUCAUUUACGCUGGAUUGCGGGAAAGGAUAUGGGAUACAUGUGACCAGGCGAGGGUAAAGAGUUGGAGCAAAAGCGGCUUGGGGCAUAAGGUUUAG